AUGUCAACUGCACAGCCGCCAGAUACCCUCCCUCCCUCCACCAACCUUACUCCUACAAUCUUCCUCAACGAACCCACCGCCAGCACCCCCUCCCAAACAAUCCUCCUCGCCUUCUGGAUGAACGCCCCCGUCCGCACCUACACGAAAUACCUCGCCGACCGCGACUUCCUUCUCCCCACCUCCACGCCCGCCCUCCAGAAACGCCUCACCCCGGCCGUAGAAGUCCUCCGCGCAUCACCCACACCCGUGCACAUUCACCUCUUCUCGAACGGCGGCGUGUUCGCUGUAACGACGCUGCUGAGCGCGUACAAGGCGCGCGCGUGCGCCCCGCUGCCCGUUUCAGCGAUACUCAUCGACAGCGCGCCGGGCCGGGCCUCGAUCCGCGAGGGGCUGAGGGCGUUUUCGUUCGCGCUGCCGAGGACCUUUGUGCUGCGGGUUUUGGGGAAGGCGGUGCUGUGCGCGCUUUUUGUGGUCGUGUACACGGUCAAUUGGGUGCUCAGGAGGCCGGAUGCGAUUCAGAGGGGCCGGAUUGCGCUUAAUGAUUCGGAGCUGGUGGGUGGGGAUCCCGCGAGGUGUUAUCUUUAUUCGGAUGGGGAUGAGUUGGUUGGGUGGAGGGAUGUGGAGGAUCAUGCGGAUGAGGCGGAGGGGAGCGGGUUGAGGGUGCGGCGGGAGAAGUUUGUUGGGUCGCCGCAUGUGGCGCAUAUGAAGGCUGAUCCCGUAAGGUAUUGGGGAGUGGUGAGGGAGUAUCUUGGGAUUUAG